UAAAAAUAAAAGUCAUGGCUGUAUGGAUUUUCAAUUGAAGUCCUCACAAGAGAAAAGUUAAAGUUCAGAAUGGAUACUGGACUAAAACAAACGCGUCAGUUGAAUCCACGCUAUAAAGCAAACAUCUUUUCCAUCCUAACAUUUGGAUGGACAUUGGAAACAUUCAAACUCGGUUACACUCGCGACAUCAAGGAUGCUGAUCUUUAUGGACCUUUGCCAGAACAUAGAUCCGACGUUCUAGGUGACGCAGUACAAAAGGCGUGGGAACAUGAGGUUGAAAACGUCAAUGAUAGCGAUGGAAAUGCCAAGCCAAGUUUAUGGAAGGCGCUUAUCAAAGUAUUUGGACCGGAGCUCUUAUUGUACGGGCUUAUUCUGGCUGCAAUGGAGUUCGUCAUAAGGCUGCAACAACCACUAUUUUUGGGCUUGAUGUUGCGAUACUUCAGUCCUAUUCAGGAGCUGCGUAAUACAACAGCAAACUUAACGUACGUUGAUCGGCUGUUCAACUAUUACAACUCAGAUGGCAGCGUCUCUUGGGGUGAAGCAGUAUUCUUCGCUUUUGGUAUUGUUUUCUGCAGCGCUGUCAAUGUCAUGGUUCAACACCCUUUCAUGAUGGGGGUGAUGCACAUUGGUAUGAAGAUGCGAGUAGGAGUGUGUAGUCUCAUUUACAGAAAGGCUCUAAAGGUCAGCUUGCAAGCGCUUUCCGAAAGCAGUGCCGGCUUGGUGGUAAACCUAAUGGCAAAUGACGUUAACCGGUUUGAUACAGGACCUUUAUUUGCCCAUUAUCUCUGGAUUGGGCCUCUGGAAACCAUGCUUAUGACCGCUUACCUGUAUCGUGAAAUGGGCAUGCCCGCAGUGUAUGGUAGUUUGACGAUCAUUGCUGUUGUACCUUUUCAAAUUUUCUUGGGGACAAGAACUGCACACUACAGGAAAGGCACAGCCAUUAAAUCAGACGAGCGAGUCAGGUUGAUGAAGGAAAUAGUAAUGGGAAUAGAAGUGAUCAAAAUGUACACUUGGGAGCAACCAUUUCGAAAAAUUAUUGAUUCUGUGCGAAGAAGUGAAAUAUACAAUAUCAAGAUGACGUCUUACAUCCGCGGAGUCAUCAUGUCCUUCAUAAUGUUCUCAUCGCGGUUUGGCAUCUUCAUCACCGUCCUCUUUUACGUUACCUACAUAAACCGCAUCACCGUGGAAAAUGUCUUUUUCCUCACUUGCUACUAUAACAUCAUGAAGCAAACCAUGACCUUAUACUUUCCUCAGGCCGUUGGACAAAUAGCAGAAAUGAAUGUAGCUAUUCAAAGAAUACGGGACUACUUAUUGACUGAGGAGUGUCAGUUAUCUCCUCGAGAACUAAUGGAACCUGGACAAAAUGCUUUUAAUAUUCCUAAGAAAAGGGUGACUAUUCGAGUUGAUCCGGUCGAACCUCUGACACCCCGAUCUGAAAUAGCCGUACCAGCAACCUCCAAGGGAAAACCAAAAGAACCCCGCAAAAACGAGAUCGCAAUCCAAUUUGAAGAAGCCUGCAGUCGCUGGAUUAAAUCUUCUAGCAAAAACGACGUCGAAGACAUAACUCUGAAGAUCAAAUCUGGUUCAUUAACAACUAUAAUUGGAGCUGUUGGGUCUGGGAAAUCAACUAUACUCCACAUGAUCCUUGGUGAAUUGCCGUGCUCUAGAGGGACGAUGGAAGUUAAGGGAAGUAUUAGUUACGCAAGUCAGGAUCCAUGGCUCUUUGUUGGUUCCGUUCGCCAGAAUAUUCUUUUUGGGCAGCCUUUCAUAAGAUCUCGGUACAUAGAAGUAUGUAAAGUGUGCGCGUUGGAACGAGAUAUAUCUCUGUUCCCUCACGGAGACAAAACAGUAGUGGGAGAAAGAGGAGUGUCUCUUAGCGGAGGACAACGCGCAAGAAUCAACUUGGCGAGAGCCGUUUAUAAAGAAGCAGACAUCUACUUGUUGGACGACCCACUUUCAGCAGUUGACACGCAAGUGGCUAAACACAUAUUCGAAAGAUGUAUCAAAAGAUAUUUGGAAGAUAAAACAGUGGUAUUGGUUACACACCAGUUACAAUUCAUCAAAUCCGUUGAGCACAUUGUUAUAAUGGACAAAGGCAAAAUACUCGCCGAAGGUGGAUUCCAGGAAUUGAAUGAAAAACAGUUGAAGAUAAUACAACUAAUGGUGAGCAACAUCCGAGAAGUGCACGAAGAUGAUGCUACCCCCGGAUUGCAAAGCACGUCCAUGGUGCAGCCAAGCACAGUCAGCUUGCAUCGACGACAUUUCUCCUUGGUGUUCAACACCAGUUUUACCGAUCAAAAGCCAGAAGCAGAACUACAAACGAUUGGUCGCGUGGACAGCACGGUUUACCGCGACUAUUUCAUGGCGGGAGCAGCCUGCCCCUACGUCAGUUUGGUGGGCUUCUUAUUCCUGCUGGCACAGUUCUGUGCUAGCGCUUGCGAUUAUUGGAUAAGUCGCUGGAGUCACGCCGAAGACCGGCUGACAGGAGAUCCUACUAUGGACAACAUCCUCUGGCAAGAACAAGGCUUGUACCGCGAGGACUUUGUGCUCAUCUUCGGACUCAUCACACUGGCCACGAUCAUCGUUGCUCUUAUAAGAGCUUUUUCCUUUUUCUCUUUGUGCAUGAAGUCAUCCAUAAAAUUACACGACAAAAUGUUCGAAUACGUAUCUGGAUCUCCAAUGAGUUUCUUCCAUACUAAUCCUUCUGGUAGAAUUCUUAACCGAUUCAGCAAAGAUAUGGGCUGUGUUGAUGAAUUACUACCUCAGGCCAUGAUUGACUGUUUCCAGAUUUUGUUGAAUUUACUUGGAGUCAUCAUUGUAAUUUUGAUGACAGACAUCACUCUAUUGAUCCCGAUAGCCGCAGCACUUAUAAUUUUCUACAUCUUCCGCGUUGUUUACAUAAGGACAACGGGUGCUGUUAAACGUUUGGAAGGGAUCACGCGCAGCCCAGUGUUUGGUCACCUCAACGCAAGCGUGCUAGGUCUAGCCACAGUGCGCUCGUUCGGCGCCGAGCUUCUCCUGGCUGCGGAGUUCGACCGCCACCAGGACCUGCACAGCGCGGCCUGGUACCUCUUCAUCACCUGCAGCCGCGCCUUCGGCUACUUCCUCGACGUCAUCUGCCUGCUGUUCAUCGUCUGCGUCACUUUCAGCUGCCUUAUGAAGACUGAUAUGGACGGCAGCCACGUAGGCCUGGCCAUAACCCAGUCGAUAUCGUUAACCGGCAUCUUCCAAUGGGGCAUGCGGCAGUCGGCCGAGAUGGAGAAUCAGAUGACCAGCGUGGAAAGAGUUCUAGAAUACACCAAGUUAAAGCAAGAGCCUGCGAUGAGAGGUUCACCAGAGAACCGACCACCACCUGAAUGGCCAACAGAAGGCGCUAUAUUUUUCGAUAACAUGAGUUUGAAAUAUUCACCAGAGGGAAAUUAUGUAUUGCACAAACUGCAGCUAAAUAUUAGGCCGCAAGAGAAGAUUGGUAUCGUAGGCAGAACUGGGGCUGGAAAAUCAUCAGUCAUACAAGCUCUGUUUAGAUUGGCGUAUAUUGAAGGCACGAUAUUGAUCGACGGCAUCGACAUUUCAAUGAUUGGGUUGCAAGAUUUGAGAGAGAAGAUUUCAAUCAUUCCACAGGAACCGGUAUUGUUUAGUGGCACGAUGAGAAAAAACUUGGACCCUUUCGAUGAGUACCCUGACGAAACGCUGCUUCGCGCUCUCGCAAACGUAGAACUACAAUCUGAUGAUGGAAGCGUUGAUGAUUUAUACAAGCAAGUGUCCGAAGGUGGUUCAAACUUCAGCGUGGGAGAGCGUCAGNAGCGUCAACUAGUGUGCCUAGCGCGGGCCAUCGUCCAUAACAAUCGCAUCCUGGUGCUGGACGAAGCCACCGCCAAUGUUGAUGCAGAGACCGACGCGCUCAUUCAGACGGCCAUCAGGGAACACUUUAGCAACUGCACUGUGCUCACUAUUGCGCAUCGGUUGAACACUGUUAUUGACUCGGAUAAGAUCCUCGUGCUAGACGCAGGAAGACUGAUGGAGUUCGCUCACCCGCACAUCCUACUGCAGAACAAGAAAGGCUACUUCCGCAAGAUGGUCGCCGAGACCGGCCCCGCCAUGGCUCCUAUACUGCACAAAAUGGCCGCUGAUAGCUACAAGAACUUACAAGAAAGUUAAUGAAAACCAACGAGUUAUUUAAAAUAUUUUAUAUUGAGUAUAUUUUUAUAAAUAGAUUUCUUAAAUAUAAUACUUUCAACAAUAAUAAUAAGUUUAUUAACUUAAAGUAUCGAAUACAAAAUAAGCAAUUUCCCGAUUGACAGCACCAUUUUACGCCUUAAAUUAAAACCUUUUUAAUUUAUACUGUUUCCAUGUUGCAGUUCAAACUGGCUAACUGUAGUUCCAUCCUC